UGUGAGGUUCGUAAUUAUAAUUAUUACUAUUAACUUUAGAUUACAAAAAUAUAUUGGCUACAUCAACUUGAUGAUGAAGUUUGCACCUUUUAAAGCGCAUUUCGUAGUUCUAUAAAUUGAUCCUUCUCUUGAAAGUAUGCUAUAGACAAAUCUUACGAUGUCUAUUCUUAGCAACACGUAAUCGAAUUUCUCAUCUCUUAAAUAAUGCAUUUUAUAAGUUAAUUAAUUUACUUCCACUGCUUUCCGCUCUCAUAAUUUAAUUGAAGCAUUUCUGAUUGCAUUUGGUUAUUCAAUACAUUAAGUAUUGAAUUUGAUUUCACACUAAAAAAUCGACAUAAAAACCCUAUUGCCAGUUGAUUACCAUUACAAGCGCUUUAGUAUCAAUUACGAAUGGGCGCUACCCGAAACUAUAAAUGCAAAUUAAAUUUUAAACAUCAAGCCACAACUUGGCAGCUUUACACCACCCAUAACCACUAAAAACAAAAACUAUCGGCCGUGCCAACAAAACAUUAAUGGAACCCCCAGAAAUCAAGUACUUCCUCGAGAGAUCGACUGCAUGUAUGUGUGUGUGUAUGUAUGUAUGAUGAUAUUCAAAAUCGCCAAAAUACGUAUUAUAAUAUUAUAAUCACAUGUUGAACACCCGUUAAACUCAAAAAGCCACAGCAAAACUUUCCGCACUACUAAAAUUUAUGCACCGCUGACGUUGAUCCAUCUGGACACCGACACUUUGGGGGCAAGUAUAAAACACAUGGCGCCAAUGAGAAAGACGUUUAAUGCAGUUUUAGCAGCACAAGGGAGAUGUACACAAAGGAAUUCAGAUGCCUGCUCUGUCAGUUGCUCCUAGGUGAGUUCACCAAAAUUGAAGCAGCAAGGGAAGAAGGAUUAAUAUAAUACCAUCGACAGCGCUGCUCUUCGCCGAUGCAAUGGGAAGGCUGAACAAGCGUAAUGGAUUUUACUACAGGCAACAGCAGCAGCAGCAGCAUCAGCAGCAGCAUCCACAACAGCAUACGCAACCGCCUCCACUGCAGUUACAUCAACAUGGCAACUUCUUUGAUCCCUCGUAUCCAGCUUAUGAGGAACCGGAGCAGCAACAUCAAUCUCACAGCAGCAGCGGAGACCGCAGCAGCAAUUCGAAAGCUCAGCACAAUCAACACAGCAGCCCUAGUGGAGACGGAGGCAAGACUGGAUAUAGCAUAGGUAGCGGAUUACGUUCCAUUGCACAAGGAUCUGCGGAUCAGGCUUACAGCGCAGUGGCCAAUCAACAUGCUGCUGCCAAACAGGCUGCCUUCAUAGCCAAGAAUACACUCGCCCAGGCUGCAUCACAGGCAGCAGCAACGGCUCAAGCAGCGUUGGCUGGCAAGCAAGUGAUUCUACAGGAAUUGGAGCAACAGGCAGCCGAAGCACAGCGUGCUCUCUCUCGCGAAUUGGAGCAACUGAAGGCAGCCAAGCUGUCUGCGAAGCUGGCCCAGCAAACCGCCCAGGCAGCACAUCAUCACAUCUCAGUGUUAACUGCAGCUGUGAACAAUGCCAAGUCUGUUGCCGAGCAGGCGGAACAAACCUCCAGUGAGGUGUCGAACCAAUUGGCAUCUCAGGCCACAAUGGUUGGUCAGGCGAAAAAUCGCGUAGAGCAGGUGGAAGAGCAACUGCAGCAGGCGCGAGUUGACUUUGCGGCUACCAAGGAGUCGGCCAUUAAGGCAGCAUCCUCUGCAGCUGCUGCUCAAGUGAAUGCCUCAAAGGCCGCAGCACAUGCCACAAUUGGUCUGCAUGAGAGUGCAAAUCAGCAGGAUCAUCAUAAUCAUGAGGAGGAACUGGAAUCAUAUGAUGAACCCAUAGACACAAGUGGUUCGGGUCACUCUGAGAACGAUGCCCUCGAGGAGCAUCCCCACAAUGGCUAGUCCAUAAAUAUUUAUUUACAUUUUAGGGAUUUCAAUGCCAAAUACACAACUCUAUUGCAUAAGUAAAUUAUGUAUGCACAACAAGAGUCUUAAAUGUAAAAAGUGUAACGAAAAUAAAUUAAACUUACCAUUAAGUUCCAAAGGUGAAACUGAAUAAAAACGGUUAUAAUCCAAUUAUGAUUUCAGUUGACUAUUUCUCAUAUUAUGAGAAACACUUUAAAUCAUUAUUAUAAAUUAUGCACUGAGUAGGGUUAUCACAAAACAAACAGAAUACAAAAUGGCGCACAUCACUUCACUUUUGCAUUUUAUUCAAACCGAUUUAUGACGAUUUGAUAUCGAUAACUUGAUGAGAGAAAUCGACAGCAGAUUGCUUUUACGGAUAUUUUCAAUUGCACCUGGGCUCAUAUUUUAUAUGCAGAAUAUACGAUUUUAUAUAAUAACGCGUAAAUAAUGCAGACAUAACCACGUUUUACAUUCACUAUUGGACAAUUUCAUUACUUAGUUAAACGUCGAGCUUCACAACCC